GGCUCGCCAGCGGGCACCGCGUCAUCUGGCAAGGCAGUGGGCACUGAGUCACCAGGCACGACAGUGGGCUCUGAGUCAACUGGCAUGACCGCGGGCACUGGGUCAGACAUUGGAUCGUCUGGCCCGACAGCGGGCAUCGGGUCACCAGGCAUUGGAUCGUCUGGCUCGACAGCGGGCAUCGGGUCACCAGGUAUGACAGUGGGCUCCGAGUCACCAGGCAUUGGAUCGUCUGGCUCGACAGCGGGCAUCGGGUCACCAGGCAUGACAGUGGGCACCGGGUCAUCAGGUACCGGAUCGUCUGGCUCGACAGCGGGCACUGGGUCAUCAUGCGUGAUAGGAUCAUCAGGCUGGAUCAGUUCAUCAGGCUGGGUACAGGCAUCAGGCUGGGUACAGGCAUCAGGCUGGGUACAGGCAUCAGGCUGAAGUGCGGGUGCCGAGGCACCAGGC